GCCCCACGGUUCAAUCGUUGGCUUGCUUUUGUGUGGGGAAAGUAUGUGGUGUUGUCGAGGGCUGGUGGGUGUAAUUGGGGCAUGAUAACAUUGCUGUAGCUUGCAAGAAGGUGCAAGAGGUCAUGUUGGAUGACCGGACACCGGCACUGGAACCUAGGCUUGACGCUUUCUUUCUAAUAAAUUUAUUCUGUAUGGCUGAAACUUUGUAAGCUGUAAGUUGCUCUGUUGGAAGCUAAAAAAAAACCCAGGCUAGGACUUUUGUCCGCCAUAACUCGUUCAGCAUGCAGGUUGUCAACGAUUGAAACAUCCUUCUGCUCCUGGUUGUAUAAUAGUCUCAAUUGAAUAGUUCAGGUCUAGGCUUGAUGUGCAAUGGGCUGACCACAUUUAUGACAUUCCACACUGAAUCUAUCUGUAACUUGAUACUGGUUGCCCAACUGGGAGCAUGAUGAGACCAGGACCAACAGGCCUAGUGGCCUUUCAUAGAUCCCAAUCACCAUAAGGUAAGGUAGGGUUGGCAUGGUUGGCUAGGCCAUAGGUCCAACAUACCUGCCAAGCAUAGCUUGUUGCCUGUGCCCUGAACCCACCAGUCAGAUUGUGCUGUCCAGAUCAACAGAUCAGAUUGCCUCCGCUCCUUUGCCAGGCUUGGAUGCAGAAAGUUAUGCAUGCUGCACAGUGUGUCUGCAUGACUGCCCAGGGUAUGGGCAGUCAUGCCCUUUGACUGCCCUUGUUGACCAAUGGCAUGUGUUAGAAAAAUGAAUGCAAGGAAACUUGCACACAUCAGAAAGCUGAGUGUUAUUGAAUUGUAAACCAAAGGAAUGUCACAGUACACAGUGAUGUUUUGACCAGUCAUCCACAUCUUUGUCAAUCCAUACUUGGUGUUUUCAGGUGUCGAAAUGGCUUCAUCGGAUGCUGCCCUUGGGCUGCGCAGCCCCAAAGCAUGGAUUCUCCUUGUGUUCUGGUACAUUUUCAGUGCCUUCACACUUUUUACAAACAAAUAUGUUGUGUCAUACAUGCAGGUGGACUCAAUGCUUCUAGGUAGCUGCCAGGUGAUGAUGACCGUGAUUUGCGGCUGCAUCCAGCUGCAGCUGCCAUGUGGGCCACAGAGCAAGCCGCAGACGCCGCCGCCGGCAUACUACGCCAGCAUGCUGCUCAUCGGUUGCCUGACGUCGGGUGUUAUCCUGUUUGGCCUGGCGGCGCUCAAGUUCGUCGCCGUCAGUUUUGCAGAAACGGUAAAAAGUUCUGCGCCCAUCUUCACCGUCGUGAUCUCGUGGUUGGUGUUAGGCGAGCGGACGCCGCUGCUGGUUAACUUGUCACUGAUCCCGGUGAUGGCCGGCCUGGCACUCUGCUCCUCCCACGAGCUCAGCUUCAACCUGAUCGGCUUCGUCGCCGCCAUGGGCACCAACCUAUGCGAGUGCUUGCAGAGUGUAUUUGUGAAGAAAAUCCUCAAUAACAAGGACUACAAGUACAGGCCAGAUGCCAUCUCUGGGGUGACCACUGAAACUGCGGUUACGCUGGCGGCUGCAGGAUUUUUCUAUUACUGCCAGACGGCCACAGCUUACAUGCUUAUGGAAUACAUUAGUCCAGUGACGUACAGCGUUGCCAACACGUGUAAGCGGGCGCUGCUCAUCUGGCUGAGUGUGCUCCUCUUCCACAACGCGGUCACCCUGCUCAGCGGCCUCGGCACAGCAGUCGUCAUCUUCGGCGUGUUCCUCUACAACGCGGCCACGCGGCGCAAGUUCUCGCCGGUGGUGCGUGCCGCCGACCGGACCGCCAUGUGACCGCCACGUGGCCAUCCGCGGCCGUCGGAGGUGGCGGGCGGCUAGUGAUAUGGGGAGGGCGAGGGAGGCGCACACUGCACCAGUGUGACAGGCUGGUGAUGUGGUGCUGGCCCCAUGGGACGGGUUGGUGGCGUGUGUGUUAGUGAUGCCACUUGGAAGGGAAGGGGGAGGGUGCGGUGCGGUUGUGUGAAGCAGCGACAUAAUUGCAGCACGAGCUAUGGUGGUCCAGAUUCCAUGGUCACUAGGGCUCAGUGUGACGUGGUACGGGAAAACAAAAUCACCGGGACCGUAGCGAUCCCGAUGGUGGCCUCGUUCGCGGUAUGCCAUAAUCACAGUACGGUGAUGUGUGACAGUGUUGGGGCGUCCGCUCGCGAUCACGCGCGCGGUGCGCCUAGUUUUACGCCUCCGUAUUGUUUCGGACUUCAGACGUUGAUUUUGAUGCACAGCAUAAUCCUCAUGGAAAUUGUUUUUUUUCUGAAAUGAACUUAUGGUAGUGUACAGGGCGUUCACAGCCAUCUUCUUUGGCAGAAUGCAGACUGUUUGGGUGGUUACCGUGUUAUACUGUUCUUGAAUUCCACCGGUAAGUCAUAUUAAACGUAUGCUAUCGCUCACCGUCUUGGUAAAGCUGCUUGGAUUAUAAUGAGACUCGUUGGUCGCGAAAACCUCUAUUUUGCUCAUUCCUCAGGGCUUAUAUGCGCCUGUUGGACACAGGGUUGUGAUGUGGAUGUGGCUGUAUCGAGUUUUGCACUGGGAUAGUUCUUACAUACGGGCCUGCUCCCGUCGCUCCUCUUAACUUCCCAAAAAUCGCCAAAAUUUCUCCAAACUAAUCGCAUUGUGUCCGCGGCUCCUCCACCUCCUCCAAAUCCCCCCCCCCCCAGGCUUGCCCCGAACCUCAGGUGUUGUUUUCAGAGAUGUUUGGAGGAGGCUGUGGUAAAUAUUAGUGGCACAGUUCAUUCAUGUGCAUUUUGGCCCCAUUUGUUGUCACUAAACGGAAGCAGAGAACUGAAGUGUAAAUUAGCGCAGAUAAAUUACGUACGGAUUCAUUUUCAUAGCGUUGUAUUCAUAUAACUAUUAUUGUUGAAUAUAUUUUCGAUUUUGAAUAUUAUUUUUCAGAAGUCAGCGUCUUACGUUAUUUGCUCUCAGUGCGCCAAAACCAUUUGGCUGAGCUGUGCGCAAGCAGCCGCGACCUCCUCCGAAAUCGCUCCCGUGGCGGAAGAUUUCGGUGCCCCUCCAGCCUCCCUCAAACUCAUUUCAUCUUUUUUGGAGGAGCCACGGAAACAGACCCAUAGACUGUUAUUUUGUUCGCAUGCAGAAAUUCAGUCGUCAUAUGAAUCAAAAAUAGCUGGCAGCUCUUGCUGAUAGAUUGCUGGGGAUGGUUGUGGAUGGAAAGGGCUCGUGUUGUUUUAUUGUCGGUACAUUCGCACUCACUGUAUGCUAACACUUUAUAUUUUGCCCUGGAACAUUUGGCUGUGUCAUGUAACAUCGGUUUGCGGUCACCAUUGUUGUGUAAAGAUAUUUUGGUAUUGCACCACAAAACCCAUCGUCUAAAUACAUGAUGCAUGUGUC